AUGAUUUUAGUAUUCAUCUUUAUACUAUCAGUUUACUCAGCUGAUGUUUUCGAUUAUGUAGAUCUAUUCUAUGGUACUGAAAAUGGUGGUCAUAUGUUUCCAGGUAUAACUAGGCCUUUUGGAAUGGCCAAAGUCGGGAUUGAUGUUAUAAAUUCAAAAUACGGAGAUGCUUAUAGUGGAUAUGCACUAGAUGGAGAUAUAAAUGGUAUUUCAAUGAUGCAUGAACUGGGUACUGGAGGAGCUCCUGAAUAUGGGGUAGUUUCACAAUUACCAUUUACGGGGGAAUUUAAUAAUAAUGAAGAAAUUACAAUUGGUCGAACACAACAAGAUGUUGCGAAAAUUGGUUUAUAUCAAAUAAGCACUACGAAUGUUGAUAUUGAAUUUACUGCGAGUGAAAGAAGUGGGUUUUUUAAGUACAAUUUUAAAGAAGAUGGUGCAAAAAUUCUAGUUAAUAUUUCACAUCAUUUAAGUGCACCCAGUAGACCUUGGUGGACACAAUACUUUGUGAACGGUUCAAUUGAUGGUGAAUUGAGUGGAUAUACCGGGUAUACAACUAUCAAAGGAGGUUGGGGAUUACAACAACCUUGGACAAUUUAUUUUUGUGGAAAAUUUAAUACCAAUGCAUCAAAUAUUAUUAGCUUUCAAGGAAGCUCUCAAGAAAAUGACUCUCAUGCAAGUUCAACUACUCAAGAUGAUUCUGUUGGUUUGGUGUUCGAGUUUGAUAAUGAUGUCUUUGAAAUUCAAAGUCAAGUCGGUAUCUCCUUUAUCUCAAAAGAACAAGCAUGUUCAAAUAUAGAUUCACAAGAUGAUUUCUAUUCAUUAAUUGAAGAGACUAAACAAGCUUGGAAUGAGGAAGUUUUUUCCAAAUUUGAGGUUGAAACUCAAAAUGAAACAUUGAAAUCACAAUUUUUUACUAAUUUAUACGGAUGUCAUCUAAUCCCAUCAAAUAGAACAGGAGAAAAUCCAAAUUGGUCAGUUCAACCAACUUAUUAUGAUGAUUUUUUUACAAUUUGGGAUACAUUUAGAACUCUAAAUCCAUUAAUCAAUAUAAUAAAUCCAGUUAGAGGUGGUGAAAUUAUUGAAUCGUUAAUUAACAUUUAUAAAUACGAUGGUUGGACUCCAGAUGGCAGAUCAGCAAAUCAAAAUGGUAGAGUUCAAGGUGGUACGAAUUCAGAUAUUGUAAUGGCAGAUGCUUAUAUUAAAAAUAUUUCAAUUUUUGGUGCUGAAUGGCAGGAUGCUUAUUCGGCAAUGGUUAAAAAUGCUGAAAUCCAACCUCCUUAUUGGUAUGAUCCAAAAGCACCAGAUGCAUCAACAAAACAAGGUAGAGGUGCAUUACCAGAUUGGUUAAGAUAUGGAUAUAUUACAAGAAAUUACACCAGAUCAGUUAGCCGUACAAUUGAAUAUUCAUACGAUGAUUUUGCAUUAUCAGUAGUUGCAAAGGGGUUGGGUAACGAAGAAGAUUAUGAAAAAUAUUUGGAUAGAUCAACCAAUUGGCAAAAUAUAUGGAAUCACGAUGCAACAGCUAGUGGCAAAUCGUAUACCGGCUUUGUUCAGCCAAAAAAUUCCGAUGGAUCAUUUAAUUACACAAUGUAUGAUCCAUUAAGUUGUUUCGGAUGUUAUUGGGGUGACGAUGAGUAUGAAGGUAAACCAAUUGAGUAUGGUUGGUCAGUGCCAUUUGAUAUAAUUACAUUAAAAGAAUUUAUAGGUGAUGAUGAAACUUUUAUUCAAAGAUUAGAUGAUAUGUAUGAAUUACAUGGAACUAAAAUUGCUGAUGUAGGUAAUGAACCAAGUUUCAAUACACCGUUUUUAUACAAUUAUGUUAAUCAACAAUUUAGAACUGUCGAACUAGUUAGAUUUAUAGUUGAUAAAUUUUUUCAAGUUGGAAGUGGUGGUUUACCUGGUAAUUCAGAUGGUGGUGCAAUGCAAUCUUGGGUAAUAUUUGCAUUAAUGGGAAUUUAUCCAAUCGCAGGAACUACUACAUAUUUAAUAUCAUCACCUUUUAUAGAACAUUUAAAGAUUAAAUUAGAUAAUGGUAAAGAUUUCGAAAUUAAAGCUCAUAAUCUAUCAAGUGAGAAUAUUUAUAUUGAAAAUAUACAAGUGAAUAAUCAAUAUUGGAAUCAAAAUUGGGUAGAUCAUGAGACAUUAUUCACAAAUGGUGGUCUGAUUGAUUUUUUUAUGACUAGUGAACAAAAAAUAUGGGAAUCAGGAAAUGAGCCACCAAGUCCAGGACAUAAAACAAGUUAA